AUGCUGGUUGAAACUUAUUCUUGGUCAAAUAUUAGUUUGACAUUACAAAAUGGCAAGACAAUUCUUGAUGAUAUUUAUGGCUCUGUUAGUGCUGGAGAAAUGUUAGCUAUUAUGGGUCCAUCUGGCUGUGGGAAGUCAACUUUGCUUAAUGUGUUGGCAUAUAGAACUAGUCCACGUUCCUCGACCCUUGAAGGUGGUAUAUUUAUCAACAAUGAACGUGCAACUUUAAACAAAAUCAAGCAACUUUCGAGCUAUGUUGAACAAGAAGAUUCUUUGAUCGGCUCUUUAACCGUCCUGGAAACAGUCGAUUACAGUGCACAGUUUGCUGGUAUUGAUAAAGCACACAAAAAAGAACUUGUUAGCAAAACAAUCAAGUCACUUGGAUUAGAGGGUCAGGCUAUGCUGAAAAUUGGUACUCCGAUUCAAAAGGGCAUUUCUGGUGGACAGAAGAGAAGAGUUAGUAUUGCUUCUCAAAUCAUUACCUCCCCAUCAAUUUUAUUUUUAGACGAGCCCACAUCUGGAUUAGAUUCUGUUGCGUCUCGUGAAGUCAUUAGCACUAUUAAAAAAAUCGCAAAGAGAGAGAAUAUGGUUAUUAUUUGCUCCAUUCAUCAGCCCAGCACAUACACAUUUGAACUUUUUGACAAGGUAAUGUUUCUUUCCAAAGGUAGAACAGUCUAUAAUGGCGCUGUUAGCAAUGUGGUCAAGUAUUUCAACUCAAUUGGACACACGAUGCCUCCGUACAUUAACCCAGCUGAAUACGUUUUGGAUUUGAUUAAUACGGAUUUUCAGGGUGAUUCUAGUGUUCUUGAUGACUUGGUAUCUAAGUGGAACAGCGGAGACGUUCACAAAGUUGGGACAGAAUCGGUUCAAUUAACUGAGGCCACUACCAUAAACGAGAUGCAAAACAUUUUGAUUUUGAUAGCUCGUUCUUUGACCAAGGCUAGAAGAGAUAUCUUGACAUACUAUGUUAGGUUAGUUAUGUACUUGGGUUUGGCGAUAUUAAUGGGCACUGUGUGGUUGAGAUUGCAAAAUGGCCAAAAAAACAUACAACCAUUCAUUAAUGCCAUAUUUUUUUCGGGGGCAUUUAUGUCGUUUAUGUCAGUUGCGUACAUUCCAUCAUAUCUUGAAGACAUUCAAAGUUAUAAGAAGGAGAGAAUGAAUGGGUUGUAUGGGCCCUUGGCAUUUUCCUUAGCAAAUUUUUUGGUUGGGCUUCCAUUUUUAUUUUUAAUUGCUGCCGUGUUUAGCGUUAUUACAUUUUUUAUGGUCAACUUUCACCAAACAGCAAGUGGGUUCUGGUAUUAUUUGAUGUGGCUAUUCUUGGAUUUAGUCGCAGCAGAAUCAAUGACUACGUUCAUUGCCAGCGUUUUCCCGAACUUUGUUGUGUCAUUAGCAAUAACAGCUUUUGCCAAUGGAUUGUGGAUGGCAGUAGGAGGUUUUUUAGUGCCUUCAAAUAUUUUGAACGUGUUUUGGUAUUAUACCUUCUAUUGGAUUGAUUAUCAAAGAUACGUCUUUCAAGGAAUGAUCUUCAAUGAGUUUACCAACAGAGAGUUUCGUUGUGGAGAUGGGUGUCAUUGCAUGUAUGAUUCACCCUUGGCAAGCCAGUGCAAAAUUAGUGGAAAAGCUGUAUUGGAAAGCUUGGGAUACGGGAACUACGAUAAGGGAUUAUGGAUUGGGGUUUUAAUUGCUCUAGUUUUUGUUUACAGAUUUGCUACGUAUAUAGUUUUAAAAUUGAGAAAGUAA